AUGGAGGGUCUCUUUUUUAACGUCAAUGGAGGGUACCUCGAAGGUAUCGUCCGCGGAUAUCGCAACAGUCUGCUUACCGGCCAGCACUAUGCGAACUUGACCCAAUGUGACACCAUAGAUGAUGUCAAGCUUCAACUCGCCCCCGCGUACGGCGAUUUCCUCGCUGCACUACCUCCAAACCCCUCCACCUCCGCUCUGGCUGCGAAAAUGACCGACAAGAUGGUUGCUGAAUUUCGAUAUCUUCACGCCAAUUCCACAGGCUCAUUCGCCAAGUUCAUGGAAUACCUGACCUAUGGAUAUAUGAUCGAUAACGUCGCAUUGUUAAUCACCGGCACACUGCAUGAGAGAGAUACCCGUGAGCUUCUAGAGCGCUGUCACCCCCUAGGUUGGUUCGAGACAUUGCCUGUGCUGUGCGUUGCAACAAAUAUCGAGGAGCUCUAUAAUUCCGUGCUGGUUGAAACCCCACUGGCACCAUACUUCAAAGGCAGCCUAAGCCAUCAAGAUUUGGACGAAUUGAACAUUGAAAUCGUUCGAAACACGUUGUACAAGAACUACCUCGAGGACUUUUACAAUUUCAUCAACACAAACUCAGACCUUAAAGGUACUCCCACGCAGGAGACAAUGGCGGAGAUCCUCGAAUACGAGGCUGACCGACGAGCCAUCAACAUCACCUUGAACUCGUUUGGCACUGAACUAUCUAAGCAAGAGCGGAAGAAGCUUUACCCUGAAUUUGGAAAAUUAUACCCUGAAGGCUCGCUGAUGCUUUCGAGAGCCGAUGAUGUAGAGGGUGUUGCUCUUGCUGUUAGCGGGGUAGGAGAUUACAAGACCUUCUUUGAUGCUGUUGGAUUGUCUCAAGGCGGUUCCGUCGGUAUGUCAGGGGGCGGCAGUUCCGAUGGGAAGAGCUUGGAAGACUUGUUUUAUCAGAAAGAGAUGGAAUUGUGUAAGGUUGUCUUUACGCGUCAAUUCACCACCGCCAUUGUAUAUGCUUGGGUAAAAUUACGGGAACAGAGUGUAUCGCACAACAUCAAAAAGAGCGAAUAG